AUGGGUUGUUGUUAUAAUACAUCAAACAUUGUUACCAUUUCAAACACCAAUCCAGCUGUAACAGCAAUCACUGAAUAUGAAUUCAUUGAAAAAGUGAUAUCAACUAUACCUCUUAGUCAACGUGAUUUGAUUCGAAGAAUUCCAUCUCAUUAUUUUCUUACAGCUUAUGCUUUUUAUAAAAAUGCUCAAAAUUUAUUGAAGCAUGAAAGAUUUGAAGAAGCUGAAUUAGCAUGUAAUAAUGCUGUUGAUAUGCUUUUACAAUAUUUACAUCCAACACAUUAUAUAUUCCAAAAAAUACUUGAAAUCUAUACAGAUUCUUGUCUUCGUCGAGAACACUUUGCAAAGGCUCUGUGUAGCACAUUCACCUGUAUUUUAAUUCAUUCUGAAAUAUCUUCUGUUGAUCAAGCAUCGUUAUCUACAAGGGAAAAUUUUCGAAUAAUCGAGUACUACUUUCGAAUGGGUGCCAUCUAUAAAAAUAUGAAUGAUAUGAAGAAUGCUUUGAAAUAUAUGCUACAAGCACGACAAAUGAUUUCAUCAUGGCCUCAGGUUGAAGAAAUAAUCAAUUUUACUCGAAUUAUUGAUGAUAACAUUCGAGACGUACGCGAACCAAAAUUGACUAUUCAACCUGUUCAUCCUCGUCCUGAUGAAAGUGACAUUGAUUUUUCUCGGCGAUUCACACUUGAAAUGGCUCAGUUUAACGCUCAAAGAGGUACUCUCCAAUUUGAUGUAUCAGAGUUUACCCGUUUACCUCUGAAAUCGACCGAAUAUUUGAUUACACCGGCUAUUUUAAAAAAAGUGUAUAAAUGUUUAUAUAAUGAAUUAUCAAAAAAUGGUCUAAUGGCACGAGUCGCUCGUCUUGCUAUAGAAUCUCAAUUAAUUGCAGCUCAAAUAAAAAAUUCAAUACCAGAAUUGAAACAAAACAGUCUAUUAACACCUAUGUUGAUUGAAGCCGCUUUAACAAUUGUUAUCGAUAGACAAGAUGAAUAUUGUCAAAAAUUAAAACGUGAAUUGAGAUUCGAAAUCUUCUAUACUGACUUUAGUAAUUUUCAUCAAAAUGGUGUUCGAGUAUUCAUAAUAAGAUAUGUGAAAAGCGGCGAUGAUUAG